AUGUUUAGUAUUUCCGGAUGCAAAUGCAGCCUGCAAGGCGGCCCGGGCACGAGUUGCAACUGUGGAGCGGCCGCUGAACAACAGAACGUGGAUUUGACUAGGUACCUAACUGAUAUUUUUUUUACAACCUUUCGUAUGGACGCGUGCAUUGGCGACAAUGCGGGCGUUCUCGUAUGCCAAACUCCGGCGGUGGAAGCUACAAAUAGGUAGGUAGGUAGGUAGAUAAUUACAUAGAGUUCUGUCGAUAAAGGGAGACAAAUACAUAGUAAUCAGAAAGACAUAUGCCAACUUUCCC